CUUGUGAAAGAGGGGAGAGAGAGAGAGAGAGAGAGAGGGGGGAGAGAGAAUGGAGAUGGUGACAGAGGUUUCAGCAUUGACAGAGCUAGUAGUAUCUCUAGAGCAAGCAACCCUAAUGGCGAAACAACUCCCUAACACCACCGACCCUUCCCAAAUCCUCCAAAUCUACUCCUCCCUCCACUCCGCCCACCUCCACCUCUCCUCCUUCCUCUCCCAAUCUCCUCCUCAACCCUCCCUUCCUCUCCCUCCUCCUCCCUCCGCCGCGGCCAACGACAACGACGAGCCGAUGCAAGACGACGACGACGACGAUGAAGAAAUUGAAAACUCCAGCAAGACCGCAAUCGACAGAGUUGAGGAGCGAAUGAAGGAUUGCUUCAUUCAGAACAAGCGCCCGAAGAGGCCGCUCUCGCCGUCGUCGCGGCGGCGGCGGUAUGGGGGAGAAUCGGUGAGGGGUUCGGAGGGGUUUGAGUUUGAUCCGCAGGGGACGAAGUUGAGGGCUUUGGAUCUUGUUUAUCAAUUCCAUGGUUGACAGAAUAAGGAAUCGGAAUUUGAGUUUUUGUUGGAAAUUGAAAUCCAACAACAGUGAUAUAGAUAGAGUGAGAGAGGAUUUAACAAAUUCCUCAAGUAUUUUUGUGUUGUAUAGUAAGCUAUUUGACAUGAGUUUUUGGGCCAAUUUGGUUCAUGUGUUUUGUGUUGUAAUUUUUGUUUUUGUUUU